AUGAGUGAGGACUUUGUCCCAAUCAGUCGAGAUACGAGUCCAUUGGUCCAGACUGGCUCUUCACCCAUAAAUAACCCUACGUCAGCCCCUAAAAAGCAAAAGACCGUCUUCCGCAAGCCUUUCCAGGCUCACAAACAUGCGCUGUCUCCAGGUUCUGACUUGGCACGAAGCAUGUCCAACGCCCCAGCUACGGCGCCGUCGAUCCCUCAGACACCACCCCGAGAUGGUAGCACUCCGCGUAGUGUGAAGCCUUUGCGUACUCACGCCAGUGCUGUGAAAACGCAGGCACGAUUACGUCUCGUCCUUCAUCUGUGUCGUCCAGACAUUCACCUUCAGUCUCUUCUCGACAUUCUCCCUCGGUCUCUUCUCGACAUUCUCCCUCGGUCUCUUCUCGACAUUCUCCCUCGGUCUCUUCUCGACACUCUCCCUCGGUUUCCUCCAGACACUCUCCCUCCGUCUCCUCGAGGCAUUCACCCCGUGGAAUCUCACCCAGAGCUUCCAUCGAGACGCCUCGCGCUUCUGAGCGCGAAGAGUCACCUCCACCUCCCCCCUCCACCUCCGCAUCGAGUAGCAAUUAGUCGACCCCCGUCUCGAUCCCCUCAACCGUCUCCGUCUCCUCAGCCGCCCUCACACCAACCACAGCAGUACCCGCAGCGCCUUCUACACUCUCCGCAGCCCCCAGCACACUCGUCGCGACCGUCUCGGUCGCCUACGCCUUUGAACAUGAACGAUCGAUAUGUGAUUUUUGCUCGGACCCCGUCGCCUGGUGCGCAGUCCACACAUUCGGCGCAAUCAGAUGCGCAUGGAAACACGCCCUCUCCGCUGAGAGACGCCAUGGAAGAUGUUAUGACCUCUCUAGAAGACAUGGGGCUGCAACGGGAACCAUCGCCAGUGCCGCGUCAUAUUCCCUCCCCUUCGCCUCCCGAUGCAUAUGAUGAAAUGAACGACAGAACACCACCUGGCAACAAACCCCGCCCUCUAACGUCCCUUGGAAUCAACGGCUACAAGGAGCCACCGCGUGGAGAGCUUGCACAUCGGAACAGUGUCUACUCGCACGAUCACUACGCGGAUGGCCCUCCCCAACUGAACAACUACGUCCAGAGAAUGGAGAGUCGUCUCCGGCAGCUCGAAGAUCAAAACCGUCUCGAGGAUGAAAAUGGGUUUGAUGACGACGACGCGCCCCCGCCUCCACCCAAACAUGCUUCUUAUCACCCUCGCAAUAACUCUACGCCUGGGCCAUAUACUCACCUUAAGCAUGAUAACAAGGUAUAUGGAGAUGACCGGUUGAACAGAUCUUUCACUACGAAAUCAACUGCCACUACUUCCACUGGCGUGCAAAGCGUGGGGACGAACUUGACCAGCAGUACCGAUAAGACAAGCCAGAGCCUUAUGAGCGGAUAUUCUGCCGGUGGGUUCAGUGCUACUAGCGCAGGGAGCUAUGCUCGAAGGAAUGGUAUGCACGAGCGGCCAAAUACUGCAAUGGAAACUCUGCGCUCUCGAGGCUUCAGUGAUGCUGGGAACCCAAAUAGGCCAGAAUCACCGAUGACUGGAAUCUCGUAUCAUUCUAGUCAUAACACCUCUCGUCAAGGUGCUUCGUCUGCUAUCCCCUGGUCAUCUACGGACCAUGACGUUGGAGAUUCUGGCGGGGUUUUCGGUGGUCUCUCUACUCCGAAGACGAAGAAGCAAGGAUUCUUCAAAAAGAUCCUGGAGUCAGCCAAGACCGGAGCUGCGAGUGCCCGGAGCAGCAUUUCUGUAGGUCAUGGCGGAGGUUCGCAGUCUCCCACCAAGGGACACAGGGCGUUCGACGUGGUCUCCCCACACUUCUUGUCUCAUUCCUCCCAGUCCAACCGUGAAAAUGCUCGUGAUGCGGCACCUGCCCCCAACGCUAUUGACUGGGUCCAUGUUCGCCGGGAUGUCAAUCGCGCUUCGUCGCCUAGCCGAAACGAGAGAAUUGAGAGAGCCAAACGAUGCCAGAUGAUGGAUCAUCCGGUGAUUUAUGCGGUGGAGGAACUUUACGAUACCGCAGAAGGGGACGAGAGUAUUGACGGCUUGCCUAUCAGCGAGCCUACAAAUUUUGUUGCUGGAAAUCUGAACCUUGUCGAUAAGAGUGCGCGCUUCAUUAGCAGUUUGCCUCCUUUGACAAACCCUAUGAGCCUGGCCCAAGGCUACAUUUGUCGCCCCUACAAAAGCGAUGUCCAGCGUCUUCGCGCUAUUUUCACAUGGGUUAGUGAGAAGAUUGCAUGGGAGGAACCUGUGGAUGGACUUGAAGUAGACAUGAAACGUGUCCUUCAUGCCAAACGGGCAAGUCCACAGGAAAUUGCCAUCUUGGUCAAUGAUAUGUGCGCCGCUGUAGGUCUCCAUACUGAAGUCAUUCAUGGUUUCCUGAAGUGUCCUGGUGACGCUCUGGAUUUGGACAGCCUGUCGCGUCCUAACCAUUGGUGGAACACAGUCCUAGUCGAGGGCGAAUGGCGCAUUAUGGAUUGCGCGCUUGCAAACCCGACAAAUCCUAUGCGGAACCGAUUUGUGACCAAUAACUCUUCUGUGGCCGAGAGCUGGUACUUCCUUACACGUCCAAUGGAUAUUUGCUACACCCAUGUCCCCCUCUAUCCAGAAGAGCAGCACAUCUGCCCACCUAUUUCACCUGAUGUUUUGCUGGCUCUACCCGCGGUGUGCCCCCAAUACUUCAAGAUGGGCGUCCAGUUCCCCGACUACGACACCAGCGUCAUUCGCCUUGAAGGCCUAGAAUGCUUACAGAUCUGUCUCACGGUACCACCUGAUGUUGAAUGUGCUGCUGAGGUGGAAGCCCCUGCCUUCGCACGAGACGCUGACGGCGACUUCUUUGAGAGCGGUGAUAUCGUUCGCAAGCGAGCGCCAGUUCAACCAGACUGGUUUCGCGGCCAAAAGCGCAUCACGGUCAAGGCCGUCUUACCAGGUGACGAAGGACAAGGCGUGGUGAAGAUCUACGCUGGGGAAGAAGGGCCUCAUGCAUUCGAGCCGCGAUAUCCCUCACCCAAUGGCUCUCGCUCUCCCAAUCAUCCAUACCGGAGAGAACCCGCCCUAUGA